UGCAUAUUACAUAUAUAUGUAUAUAUACGAUAGACAGCUUCUCUGUAGUAUUGUUAGCGAUAUUGUUAGAUUUAACAACUCAACAUUUAGCGACAUUGUAUAGACAAUUCGCAUGGCAAUGAAUGUUGCUCGUUCUCGUUGAAUUAUGUCAUGCGCACGCGUGCGAACUAUGGAGGAGCAAAACGGUGGUUGAGAACUGCGGUUGUAGAAUUGUUGCAGUGAUUUUAAGGGAAAUUUUACAACCAUAGAAAUCACUACGGAAGCCAGUAACAUUCGAAAACGAACAAAGUUUAUUGCGGCAACUGUUUAGUGCCAUUAAUAACGCAUGUAAUCACAGGUGUAAUUAUAGCGACAGUCGUUUUACACCGGCUUGAACCGCGUAACUGUCUUUCGAUCGAUUUACCUCACACUUAUUUCUUUACAAUGGAAGCUUUGAUACCCGUAAUAAACAAAUUGCAAGAUGUAUUUAAUACUGUCGGAGCAGAUGCUAUACAACUACCACAAAUUGUCGUACUUGGCACACAGAGUUCUGGUAAAUCAUCGGUAAUUGAAAGUCUGGUUGGUCGAUCCUUUCUACCAAGAGGUACUGGAAUUGUUACCCGACGUCCACUGAUACUACAACUCGUCUAUACUCCUAAAGACGAUCGUGAACAUCGAAGCGCAGAAAAUGGAACGCUUGAUUUGGAUGAAUGGGGAACCUUUCUGCAUACCAAAAAUAGGAUUUAUACAGACUUCAUGGAUAUACGUACAGAAAUUGAAUCUGAAACAGAUCGUAUGGCUGGCUCCAACAAAGGGAUUUGUCCAGAACCAAUUAAUUUGAAGAUUUAUUCGAAGUCUGUUGUUAAUUUGACGCUUAUAGAUCUCCCUGGGAUCACAAAGGUACCAGUCGGUGACCAACCCGAAGAUAUUGAAACUCAAAUAUCUCAGCUUGUAUUGUCAUACAUAUGUAAUCCUAAUUCCAUUAUAUUGGCUGUGGUCACUGCCAAUACUGACAUGGCUACCAGCGAAAGUUUAAAACUCAGUAAAGACGUGGAUCCAGACGGAAGACGUACUUUAGCAGUUGUGACUAAAUUAGAUCUUAUGGAUGCUGGUACGGACGCUAUCGAUAUAUUAUGCGGCAGAGUAAUUCCUGUAAAAUUAGGGAUCAUCGGAGUAGUGAAUCGUUCUCAGCAGGAUAUAAUAAACAAUAAAAAUAUUCAGGAAGCAUUAAAAGACGAAGCCACAUUUUUACAACGCAAGUAUCCCACUUUGGCCAAUAGAAACGGAACCGCUUAUCUAGCUAAAACGUUAAAUCGUCUGCUUAUGCAACACAUACGAGACUGUCUUCCGGAAUUAAAGAUGAGAGUAAACGUGAUGGUUUCACAAUUUCAAAGCCUGUUGAAUUCGUACGGAGAGGACAUUGGCGACAAGAGUCAAACGUUACUACAAAUUAUUACCAAAUUCGCGAGCAGUUAUUGCUCGACGAUAGACGGAACAGCUAAAAACAUCGAAACAACGGCGUUGUACGGUGGUGCUCGAAUAUGUUAUAUUUUCCACGAAUUAUUUGGCAAAACACUCGAUUCCAUUCAUCCAUUAUCAGGCCUCACCAAAGGAGAUAUUUUGACUGCCAUUCGUAAUGCGACCGGUCCACGACCAGCUCUGUUCGUGCCAGAAGUGUCGUUCGAGUUGUUGGUGAAACGACAAAUCCGAAGGCUCGAGGAUCCUUCUUUGCGGUGCGUGGAACUGAUUCAUGAGGAGAUGCAAAGUAUUAUACAACACUGUGGUACCGAAGUACAGCAGGAGAUGUUACGCUUCCCAAAGUUGCACGAACGAAUCGCCGACGUUGUCACACAAUUGUUGCGCCGACGACUACCAACUACGAAUCACAUGGUAGAAAAUCUGGUUGCCAUAGAAUUAGCUUACAUAAAUACGAAGCAUCCAGAUUUUCAUAAAGAUGCCGUUCUCGCGUCGUCUAUACUGCAAAACGCUGAUGGAGACCUAGUGAAACACAAUAAGAGACACCUUUCCGCCUCGAGUACAUCGAGUCCUAUAAUUCCGAACGAUACCAGUGUGCAGAACAUAAAGACAGCGAAUAGUCAAGAAGACGUGACAUCGUUUCCCGAACAGAACAAGGACCAACAGGGACAUCCGAAUCAUUGGUUGCUAAGCAAUUGGCUACCGCAAGGUAAGGCUGACUCGGCUAACUCGAUCGACAACUCGCCCGUAAGAAAUCGAGAAAGCAGCGGUUCUCCUCAUCAAAAUUCUACUUCGAAUCCAGCGAUCGAAGUGCAGAAACCAUCUCCUCAGCAGAAAGCGGUGAAUUUACUUCCGGAGGUGCCGACGCAAACAUACCGGCAACUUAGCAAACGGGAGCAACGAGACUGUGAUGUUAUCGAGAGACUAAUAAAAUCGUACUUUUAUAUCGUAAGAAAGUCUAUACAGGACAGCGUGCCGAAGGCUAUCAUGCACUUCCUAGUCAACUAUGUAAAAGAUAAUUUACAAAGCGAGCUCGUGACUCAUUUGUACAAAUCCGAUCAGGCUGAGAUGUUAUUGAACGAGAGCGAUCACGUCGCUGUUAAACGCAAGGAAACGGCAGACAUGCUGAAGGCACUAACUCAAGCCAGUCACAUUAUUAGUGAAAUUCGAGAGACGCAUAUGUGGUAACGGAGAACUUUUACACCGUAUACGCACCAUCAAUUUAUAGUUUAUUAUAGACAUUUUGUUUGGGGCGUUUUUAGUUGACAAAUCGACGAGUGAAGGUUACACGUGUGUCGAUCCACCACUGUAUAUAAUUUUUAUUUUCUUUUUUGUACAUGCAGUGUCUACGCGUUCUCUUUUGAUUUCGCAUUGUUAGCGUAAAAAAAAAAACGUACAACAUCGUAACAACAAACGCGUGCAUUUAUAGUAAUUGUUAACGCGACAAAAUAUACCAAGCAACAGGAAAGUGAAAAAUGUUGCCGUUAAUGGUGCUCACGUCACAACUCUACGCUCUCGUCUUCGUGUGAAAUACUUAACGCUUGCGCGAUCAAUUUAUACAGAAAAGGGUAUCAACUUCCUCGCGACGAACGAAGAGGAUCGUGAAACGCGAGAACCAACUGGAAUGUCGUCGUGACUGUAGGACAGUCUAUAAUUGUUUUGUAAUAUUUUGCACUGCUCGUAGGGUUCAACUAAAAAAGAUGGUGUCUAAUACAAAUGAGAUGUCGUAAAAA